AUGGACUCAACACACCUGUACACGCUGCUGCUCCUGCUGCUGCACACAGCAGGCGGACAUGAUGAGGGGUGGCAAGUGAAGGUGCCCCCGGAGGUGCGGGCCAUAGAGAACUACCCAGUCGUGUUACCCUGCUCCUUCACGCACCCUCAGCACAGUCAUCACUCCUCCAUGCUGGUGCAGUGGAGGCUGGGCCAUGGCCCUGGGGCCACCAUGCUCUUCCAGUGCACCGUGCACAACGAGAGCCACCACUGCCAGUCUCAUCAGCACCAAGACCAGCGCUACCGGCUGGAGGGUGACCCUCGGCAGCACGACCUGUCACUGAGAAUCAGCAGCACCGCCCUGCAGGACAGCGGACUCUACUACUGUCGAGUGGAGCCGCAAGGCCGUGCGCAUAGCGGCUUUGAAAACAAGAGAGGCUUGCGCCUGCGAGUGGAAGCUCCUCCACAAAUUCUGGGGGUGUGGGUAGAGAGUUCUGGGGAGUCUGGAUACAGAGCGGUGUGCCGUGUCCGGGGCUCCCCGCUUCCAGACGUGCAGUGGAGCAGAACCGAGGAGCGGCUAGAAAGCUCUCGCCUCUCUCCGCUCCCCCAGGAGGCGCAGCAUCACACCAGCAGCCUGCUGGAAGACGUCCUACCUGAGCAGCACUACACGUGCACUGCUUCUAACCCACUUGGUGAAGACCAGGCGACCCUUUAUCUACUGCAUCCCAGUCCUGCUCAGCUCUACCUGGGCCCUCAGCGGGUGCUGGUGCUGCUCUCUCUGUCCCUGGGGGCCAAGGUGAUCCUCUGUCUAUGCUGGGCCACCUGGCUGCUGUUUGAAGGAGGGCUCUCCUGGCUAAACUGCAAGACUCAGUAA